AUGAGCAAAAAGUUCAAGUCUCAAGCCUCCAGCAGUCGUGCGGCUGCGGGGGGCUUUGGGUCCUUUGGGGGGUUCUCUGGUUUUAACAGUUCUGGACGUCAACCGUCUUCUCUCAAUUACAUUUCUGAACCACUUGACCUUUCUCGCAUCUCUGAGCAGCAACUGGUGAUUGCAUUCAAGAACUCGCUGAAGAAAGACGAGACCACACGUACAAAAGCUCUAGAGGAGCUGAAGGAAUAUGUUUUAUCGGUGGAAGUCAGGAAGGGAACUCUUGAUGAAAGCUUCGUAGAAGCAUGGAUGAAAAUCUACCCUCGUGUCUCAAUUGACCUUUCCCGACGGGCCAGACAGCUGGCUCAUAUCAUUCAGGGCUCUGUUUCUCGUCUUGCUGGCAAAAGAAUUGUGCCUCAUUUGUCUAAAGUGAUAGGCGCAUGGCUUGCUGGUAUCUAUGACAGCGAUCGCCAAGUCCAUCAAGCGGCGUUGGAAUCUUUCACAAAAGUCUUUUCUACUGAAGAGAAAAGAAAUAACGUGUGGAAGAUUUACCAAAGUGCGAUUCUAGAGUUUAUAGACGACGUCCUACUUCACCAGACAGCUUUGACUCUAAGCGACGAGAGAACCGUCAAGAAGGAUGACGCAGAGACGAAAUAUACACGUGUUGUUGGGGCUGCACUCAUGCUCUUCAACCGCAUUUUAGGAAACUCUCCAGAUGACGUUCUUCAAAAAGGAGUCCCGGAAAUAGAGGAAAUUCUUGGCAGCAAGUCUCUAUGGGCUUUUUGCGAUCAUGAUGACCCAUUUGUUCGUCGCUCUGUAUAUGUCCUUUUGCGAACAGUUGUGACUCGAGAGCCUGGCUGGCUCGACUGGAAGGUUGUCAGCUCAGCUGUCAUUGGAAAAGCACUUUCUCGCCCUCAGCUUGGCUCUGCUUUAGAACUAUCGGAGUCCAUUCUGCUUUUAACCUCUUCAAGACCAUCCAUAUGGAUCGAAGACUAUUCCAGCAAAACUUCCGCCUCCAAACGGUUGCUCCAGUACAUCAAAAAAGGGUCACAAGGUAGCGGAGCUUUCUGGUCGAAUCUGGAUAAAUUGCUUCAAAUUAUUCCACAAGAAGUGCUUGCAGGAGCCGAUAAAUCAUCCACGGACGGGAAAUUCGCCAUUGGUAGUGCAAAAUCAAUCACGGAAGCUUUCCAAGAAGGACUUAAUUUGAGAGAAGAGCUGCGGCAAAAUUUUGCUAUUGGGUGGAAACACUACAUCAAAGUUGGAGCUUGGCUUGCGGUUCUUCUGCCGGAAGAGCAGAGGUCUGAGUUUAUUCAACAACGACUGUCUCCCUUGGUGACACAAUACGUGCGGCCUAAUUUCGAAUUUACCCAGUGGUCCCUUCCUCCUCAGUCAGCCGCGGAUAUUUGUGCCGAGUACAUUACAUUUCUCAUUUCCAAUGAGCAGGGACUCGAAAUUCAACUUCUUUGGACCAAAUUAUCAGAAGAUCUGCUGGAAGCCGUGAAGCUGUCAUCUCCAGAACAAUCGAAGGAUUUCCGAUCUUCCCAAGACGCAAUAUGUGCAGAAUCAAAACGUCUCUUCGCCUUGGAGACUGCUACUCUUUCAAGAAUCCAAAAUGCAGAGAGCGAAGCUCAAGCCCGAAGUAUCUUUGAAAAAUCGAAUUUGUUCCUUCUCGACAAUUCCCUGAAAGUUCUUCACUCACGCAAUGGGAAGCCCUACGGGGCAGCUGGAAUAGUGGAAGAAUGUAUUCUUCAAAUGCCUUCCGUAGCCAAACGCUCAAAGGAACUUGCCGAAUUUAUUCAAACAGACGUUUCAGAUCUUCUGUACUCACCGUCAGCCGAUCGCCUCAUAUCGAUCGUCUUGGCUUGCCGUGAGUGGGAUGGUUUCUCCUCCAGCUUCGAGGGUGUGGUUGAGCGAGCAUUGGAGCUAGAUCCUGAACAAUACAAUUCGCAUAUUCUCCAAAGCUUAUUGUCAGCCCUCAACUUCAAUGAACUUGGUGACCGGGAAAAACUUAAUUCUCUUGUGGAUCGAGCUCUGGAUAAGGCUUUUCAAGGUACUCAACUGCACUGGUCAACUAUCACCACUAUUCUCCAAAACCAGACUUCUCGCGGCGAAUUAGUAAAAAGAAUAUUCGUAUCAAUCAUUGAUGCAUUAUCUUUCGCGGACGUUGUUAACGUGCUACAUGGUCUCUCUCACCUAGGGAAGACAGUGCCAUCUGCCGUGAGAGAAUUCCAAAAUGGAGAGAAUGGAUCCAGUCUGACUCAGAAAUUGUUGUUCCUUCAAGAGUCUACUUCGGAAGAAGUGGCCGCUCUAGCGGAAUCGGUGAUGAAGACUUUCGAGGAAUCAGUUGCAGGUGAUACGAGCACCAAGUCAAAGUUGGAAAUUCUCCAGAAUGGGUUCAGUUUUGCCACUCCAGAGUCAUUAUCAAUUGAAUCUCUUGUUAUCAUCGUGAAGGAAUUGAUAAAGGGUAUUGAGACAGAAGAAUUCAGUUAUGGCCUAGAAGAUAUUUUCCCUUCUUUCCAAGCAUGGGACAGCGCUAUGGCACCCUUCCUGCAACUCCCACCGCUUCCUUCGACUGCUAUUACAAGCCCAUUGAGAGGCACUGUUCACUUGAUUCAACUUGAGUUAUCGGAGUCGUUGAAAACACUCCGGCUUGACAUCUCCCGAGACUCGGCCCGCUGUUCUGCUGCAUUCCGCCUUGCAACAGUCUCAAUCAAUGCCCUCUCCACUUCUGAAUUCGUCGCCAAGAUGAACGCUGAAAGUCUUGAGACUCUCUUCUACUUCCUACCUUUGGCUAUACAGCUGAUCGAAGACGACCUAAAUAUCGAAGAGUACAAUGGUAUUUCAGGAGCUCUGUUUGCCGAGGAACGUGAGGAGUAUUCGGAGCUCCUGCGUCAGGGACAGGAGGUUAUCAGAAAAUGGUGUCAGUCUAAUGAACCGUUGAGAUCAUCACCAGAGACUAGUAUUUCUCAAUUUCUGUUCUCUCUGUGGGAAAGCAAAUUGGAGGGACUUGCUGGAAUUUCCCCUAAUGACUAUCGUAUUGGACAGACCUUUGCCCAGAUGAUCAAUUUGGGCAACAAUCACAAUGUCAAGUCCUCUGACGAACUUGCGAAAAUUUGCAGAGAGGCACGAACUGCCAAUCCAAUUCGCUCUGCCGCAUGGUUUGCUUCUUUGCGAACUUCCAUAUUGGCUAACCCUGUUGGGAAUCGAAUUCUCAAUGAGCUCGUUGCUGAUUUAACUGGGCUUAACCCUCAGCAUGGUUCCUCGACUGGGUUGCGGAAAAUUUCUCUCCUCAAUAUUCUGCUCUUAGGGGAGGAAGCCGUUGUGACACAUAUCCCGACACAGCGCUUGGUUUUCCUCACAAAGAACCUUCUCGAAUGUCUAAACUCUGACAAGUCAAUCGGACUCAGAGCUGAAAUAAUGAUAACCUUGGUGAAUAUUCUUCCACAUCUUGUCGAAAUCUACGGGUCGCAUUGGGAUUAUAGCAUGAAGAUCUUGGGCUCGGUAUUUGGUGAGACCAAUGACGGUGAACAGGCUCUUCCUCUGCUAAUGGCAUCUAUCCUACUAUUUACUCGCCUUAUGUCCAUGGCUGAAGGAGACUGCAACGAUGAUCUCCGCGAUGCCUGGUUGGAGGAGAAGAAUGUCAUCUUCAGUGAGCUUGCUUCCACGAUCUUCCUUUUCGAUGCCUCCACAACUUUCCAUAAACCACGGGACGAAACUGUCAGUCUUCUGCAGUGUCUGAUUAGCGUCAUGCCGAUGGAAAGCAUCAAGGAUGUCAACAGUUAUUUCCGUCUUUUGACCGUGCAAAGCCGCUCUAUCCAGCGUGCUGCCUACACAAUUCUGCAUCGCUACCUUCCACGAGCCCAAGAGCAGGUAUCUAUUGAUGUUGCCUUAUCAAAGUCUACAGUCAGUCUGCCCGAUGAGCUCCUAUCUUUGUUGGUCGAAGCCCCGAACAUCAGCAUGGUCAACAACGACUGGGGUGAUGAUAAGAUGUGGACUAGCAUAAGAUCAUACCUUCUGAGUUGGAAGAUAGUUUUUGAUCAUGUUUCAAACGUAUCACUUCCCGUCCGGGAAUUUUACGUUGCGAACAUCAAGGAAAACGAUGUUCUUAUUCCGCUGCUAGAAUUCACAUUUGACUUCCUGCAAUCAUCACAGGGCAAGAUCAUUGAUGCAUCCAAAAUUGACAUCAGGUCGUUCGAAUUCGAUAUCCAUGACAAGCCAGAAAACGAAUUCCAGUGGCUUCUGGUCCAUCUUUACUACUUAUCUCUGACACAUCUUUCUACUCUUACUAGAAACUGGUGGAUUGAUACCAAAAAACGGGUGAAGGGUCCGGUGGAAAGCUGGACAGAGAAAUUCAUCUCACCACUCGUGGUUUAUGAUUCAUGCCAAAAUAUCGUGGAAUGGAUUGCCACUCAAGAUCCGAACGAGGAGCGAGCGUUGGAAGUGAAGAUUUCACCCCGGAUAGCGGAGAUCGUGGCCAGCAUUCCUGUCGAUGAAGAUUCACCACCUGUCGCCAUGUCCAUAUCUCUCCCGCCUUCUUAUCCUCUCCAGCCUGCAGUUGUGGUUGGCCGCAGCCGAGUGCUUGUUGAUGAGAAGAAAUGGAGAAGUUGGAUGCUCACAUUCCAGGGAGUGAUCCUGUUUUCCAACGGCAAUAUUGUUGAUGGGCUGAUGGCGUUCCGGAAGAACGUGCAGGGCGCCCUUAAAGGACAUACUGAGUGUGCAAUCUGCUACUCGAUCGUUUCGACUGAUAUGCAAACGCCCAAUAAGCGAUGCGCCACUUGCAAAAACUCUUUCCACGGAAGUUGUCUGUACCGCUGGUUCAAGAGCAGCAACCAGAGCACGUGCCCGUUGUGCCGAAACAACUUUGUUUAUGUCUGA